CCUGAUGAAAUAAAUAGAAAACAAACCCAAGUUCCAAGUUUGUUGUAGUUGUUUUUCUUUUUUUCCUCUUGACUUUUUUUUUAAAGCUUCCCAUAUGGAGCCUUCCCCAGGUUUAGCAUCAGAAGUGGAAUUCAAUGGCAGUGAGUCUGGAUGGACCACUUACAUUGGAUCUCCUAUCUACAAUGAUGAUGAGCAAAGUGUAGAUAUGGAAGAAUAUGGCAACAAUUACAAGAAUGGUCAUGGAAAUAUUGAUGAUAAUAAUGAUGAUGAUGAUGAUGAUGAUGACCACAACAAAGGUGAGAAAAAUGAUGACAGAAAUAAAGAGAGUGAUGAUGAAGAGAGUGAUGAUUCCAUGGCUUCUGAUGCAUCUUCUGGUCCAAGUCAUGUUCAUCUUGUAUGUAUAAAGAGUGAGGGAAGUCAUGGCUCGGAUUUCACAGAGCAUGGAGAAAAUGAUCGUGAGAAGAUCCUCUCGGCCAAGAGAGCCACCAAACAGGUAAGGAAGACAAGAUAUGAAGGAACGGUUGAAAAUGAAGAACAGGACUCACUGCUUGUAGCAGAUAGUGCUGAGAGUCAUGUUUAAGGAGGAGUAAGGUACAUCAUGGCUGAAUUUUUCAGCUUGGAAAUAUGGAGAAGGAGUAGUCAAACCAAAGUCUUCUACCAACAAAGCAGACUCACGGACGACCAAUGGUGUUGUGUGUACUAGUAUAUGAAAUUUAAUGUGUGGUCUAAACAGGACAUUAACCAAAAAGAGUAGUUCCUGGAUAAGAAGAGCCCAUCAAAUGUUUAUUUUUGAAUUACACUGUAAUAGGCUAUAGACGGCAAAGAUAAUAGGUAUUUUGGAAUAGAAUAGAUGUUAAAUGUGAAAAUUUAUUUAGUGUUAUGGAUACACCAAA